CAGCUUUCAACAGAAACGAAACCGCAAAUCUUUAAGGCGUUGCCCAGAAAGGUAAAAAACAAAACUGCGCGCGGCGGUUCACCUCCUCAGCUUUACCUUAACGAGGUCGUUGGCCUUUGAAAUUCACUUCCGAAUUCUCUCCGGCGGCCCCGCCACUCGCCAAUCACAUAUGAGACCCAGAAUCCUUGCAUCUGAAAAUCAAUGUCAGAAAUGGCAGUACAUGGUGCACACAUUUUGGUUACUUGUCGGGCAAAUAGAUUUGCUUGCGUAGAAGUGUUGUUUUGGCAUAGCCGCUGCAUUUUUGUUGUUAUGUCAAAAGAUAAAAAGGAUUUGGUCGAUUCAAGUGCAAAUGAUAAAUUAGGACCAGACUACUUUGGUUACUAUACACGGUUAGUGACAGACCUGUUAUCAAAGGAAGAAGAUUUUCCGCCCUUUGCUUCUCAAUCCUAUGGCCUAUCUCAAAGCAGAGGUGUGGAGCUUAGAGGAAAAGAUACGAUUGAGCAUAGUUAUGGUAUUCCUGGUUCUUUAUUUGGUAACAGCAUAGGAACUGGGCUUUCAGAUUUCAGAAAGGAAAGAUUGAAGUCAUUACUCAGGCAGGGUGUGAAGGUUCUUUCACCAGAAGUUGAUGAGAUGCUAGGACCUGUUAUAGGUAUUAGCCGGUUAAAAUCACAGCUGAAGAGAAAACAGUGUCUUACUAGAGGUGCGUUACCCGAUGUUGAUGCAAGGAAUACUCCCUCUAAGAGACUAAAGAAAUCUUCCUCGUUCUCUUCAACCAGCCUUCCUGCACUUUCAACUCCUACCAAUCCUGAGUCUAGCAGAGAGAACGGUGUUGAUGGCCACACAACAGAAACAGCUGGGUUUGUAGUUGGUGCAGAGGAGCCAAAGCGGGCAGGUUGGGAGACAGUGAAGAAAUAUUCUGAUGAAUUUUCUACAACACUAGGGCACAUGGAGCAGCAGCUUGAAAAACUUCUUGAUACUGUGAUGUCCUCUUGCAGGCCGAUGACCCUUGGUGAGAAACACAAGCUUGGAAAACUGAUUCAGAAGUUACCACCGAAAAAUCUUGACCAUGUUGCGGAAAUGAUCCAGCAUAGGAACGCAGCUUAUACAAAUUCACCUGAUGAAAUUCGUGUGGAUCUUGAAAGACAGAGUAAUAUAACACUUUGGAGACUCUAUUAUUAUGUUGAAGCAGUCGAGAAAGCUAGAAAGCUCGCCAAGUACGAAUCCAGUGGAAGUUCACUGAAUCAGGGCUGAACUUUUUGUUUGCUAAAUGAAGAUAGCAGUCAUCAGUUGUACCCACCGCUGUAUGGUUUAGACGAUCAUUCUGCCCCGUCUGCACACUUUCGAGUGUUCCAGAUAAGUCUACUUUUUGAGACCAGAAAGGAUAAAGGAGAAGCCUACACUUAACCUACAAAAUUUUGGUAAAAUUACGCAACAUUUGCGCGUAUAAUCUGACCUGUGAAUUUAAUGAUUUGGACCGUUAUAGCGCAGAAGCACUCUUGUUGGAGCACCUCAAGACUCGAGACAAAUGCGAGAUCGGAGUUUCGAUGACGAUUUUUUCGUCUUUACAUGUAAUUGGCUUCAUUUUCUGCACAGCUUGGGUGGGACUCAUAUUUUGUACAUCUUUUACUGUAUACUGACCAGAGAAAGUUAUGAAAUCAAAGUUUUGGGACA